AUGGCUCCUACUGCAGCUGUCGAAACACUUACUCUGCCUCCCCGGGCCAACGAAUCUUUCCUACCUCGCACCUUCGAUUCCUCGGAAGCCAGGAGUGUGGACUCAAGGCCCCGGAGCCACAGGGACCUUCUUAGACCCAGCGGCAGGGGCACUUCGUUAGAGAGGACAGAAAGGGAGAAGAGAUUGAAGGACGUCGCGUUCUCUAGUCGCACGUACUCUGAUACAUCAGCGUCACCAUCUUUCGCUGCAACCCCGAGCCGGGAACUCGAGCUCUCUAACGGGAGACUGGACCCGAGUGCCGCACCAAGCCAGCGGUCCCCGACGAGACCUCGCAAACCCGAUCAUCGGCUAUCAAUGGGACCUGAGAAGGCGUGGUCGAUUGGUUCGGACGAUCUGAACAAUGGUCAAGAUGGCCAGGUCGAAAAGUCCAUCGCGGAGGUACUUGCAGGGGUAGAACCGAACGCUCGAAGUCGCAAAGCAAGCCACAGCCUGCGUUUCUUCAAGGAGGGGUUGCCAGAGGAGACUAUCAAAAGGAGAGAUUCGCGACUGGGUCCAAGCCCAAGAGAGAAGUUGACGCCGUCGGCAAAUGAUGCCGAGUUUGAAAGGCAUCGAGGGGUUGCACGUGGUGAAGAUCAUUUCAAGAGCCUGCAAUCUUCCCCUGGCCCAUCAGAGGAGGUUCCAGGCCGUCUGGCGCGCACCAAAACAUUUCCGCUCUCAAUAACUACACAGAAGUAUAGCGAAGAGCCUCAGGAUUACUUUCGCGUGCGUCGCGAGCAAAAAGGCCAUGCUGAUCCGCAGAACCCUCUGGAUGGGGAGGAUUUGCACGAGGAACAGGAAUUACCCAAAGUCUCUGGAGGUCUUCCGGUGGAUCGAGAAGUGCAAGCAGGCUCAGGUGAUACAGCUGACGCUGUAGAGGACGGUGAAAUCUCGGGAGAGGAGAAAAUAUCGUCAGCCGUUUUCCUGCCGCACAAGGGCCCCCAUGCUGCCCCCGAUAGUCCAUGUGAUGUUGAGGAAGAUCUCGAUGCGACAAGUGAUCCUGGCAUAACACAUCAGCGGAACGCCGAUGGUUCAGCUUGGCUGGUAAAGGCUGACGAACCUGAGGUUGACGAGCCGAAGUCGCCUGAAGGUCCAACUGAAGAAAUCACGCGGGAUGCCGCUCCCAAUCGACUCCUUGAUUCCGGACCACUCUCCCCUGGCAUCCAGCCGCCCGUGCAAGCAGUAACUGCGGCAUCACCUUUCGCAGAGCAUGAACGUACGCAACAAGACCUGUCUUUGCCUCCUCAACAGGGCUCGCAGGACUACGAAGAUCAUGUCCAUGACCAUCAACUAGGCACCCAUCAACCACUUGAUGCUAUAGAGCUCGUUCCUUAUUCCCAUCAGGUUGGUGGGCAUACAACUCUCUGGAAAUUUUCGAAGCGGGCGGUCUGCAAGCAGCUCAAUAAUCGAGAAAAUGAGUUCUACGAAGAUAUCGAAAGGUACCACAGAGACCUUUUGCCUUUCCUACCGAGGUAUAUCGGUGUGCUCAAUGUGACAUACUCAAAGCAGCCUCGGCGGAAGUCUACUGUGAAAAGAGAAGAAAUUGCUGUUCCCGAACGCAAGAAAAUUGAGCAGAGGGAACAGAGCACGGAUGUGCAGGCUAAUGGCCUUUCGACUCACGAUGCUGAAGAAAAGCCAACUCAAGCCGGUCAACAGGCGAGCACGCAUACUAGAGUGAUCAGCCAAUCUUUGCAAUCAAGCUCGAUCCCAAUCCCAACGGUUACUUUUAUGGACAACCAGCAUAUCCUACCUCGGAGCCUCCUCCAUCCAGCGGCUAAUGCGGCCCUUUAUUCAGACCGUGCCCGUAGCUCGUCAAUUUCUGUUCCAGCAUCACACUACACCUCCAAUGAAUCUACGCCUGGCGGGCUGUUGCAAAGACCCUCCUUGGAAGACCGUCAUGCUAAUAGCUGGGGAACCACUGUGGUCAACAAGAAGCUUCGCCACGAGGUCUUCAACGACGCCUUCCGGAACCAGCCCAUCAACAUUCAAAGGCACAAGAAAGCUCAUCAGCGAGUACUUCCGAAGAAGACCCUGGACCGUUUGCUUCGGCCGCAAAGUUCAGACUCAAGUCUCAUAAGAUCCAAUGGCGUGGAUAUGCAUCUACAUGCUGUGACCGACCAGGAAUCUAAUCAACCUGUAUCAUCACGCAUACACCAGAAAUCUCAGAGUGAUUGCGGUCCUUCCAGCGAGCCUUGCUCAGAAACCAAUGGAGAUUCAAAAGAUGUCACUGGGACUAGUGCUCCCGAGCUAGACAUUCUGAACGAAAACAUGACACCUCAACGCAAGAAACGCCGGCAUUCUGGCAGUGCUCUGCGGAGGAGGCCCAAAGAUGUUUCGGACUCACGAGGCGAUUUGCACUACUGGGAGGAGCCUGAUGAGGCAGGCUACAAGGGCGACAACGAAGGCCUUGGAGGCGCAGGUCCCAAGUCAGACGCGCACACAGUAACGCCCACUCAGGGUCUUAAUGGUGCAGCUGAGACACAAGGCAAGGCAUCGUCUACGACGUCGUCGGCUUGUGAGUCCGCAGAGGUCUCAGGAGCGACGAGCCCCACAAGCGAGUUCAAGAGGAUGCCGAGGCCAAUGAAUCCUAAAGAGGCCCAAACCCAGCGUGGAUCUCGAGUCUCUUAUUUUCUUCUCUUAGAGGAUCUGACUGCCAGCAUGAAGCGACCUUGCAUUAUGGAUCUGAAGAUGGGCACACGCCAGUAUGGCGUUGACGCCAACCCUAAAAAGCAGAAGUCUCAACAGCGCAAAUGUGCCGAGACAACUUCACGAGAACUGGGUGUGCGAGUCUGUGGUCUUCAAGUGUGGGAUGCACAGAUCGAAAAGUACGUGUUUCAAGACAAAUAUUAUGGCCGCAACCUCAAAGCCGGUGACGAAUUUCAGGAAGCGCUCACACGCUUCCUGUACGAUGGGAAGGAUCUUCAGAGCAUUCUCAGGCAUAUCCCCAACAUCCUGCACAAAUUAAGCCAGUUGGAGGUCAUCGUGCGUCGGCUGCGAGGCUACCGAUUUUAUGCUGCCAGUCUGCUCAUGACAUAUGACGGCGACCAAUCCGGUAGAGAUAAUUACGACACCGCGAUCGACGACUCGACAACAGACUUCGCGACCGAUACGGAGGAUGCGAGUCGCGUUCGCAAGCGGAAGAACAAGGGCGAGAUCGAUUUCAAAAUCGCUGAUUUUGCCAACAGCCUCACUGCUGGGGACAUGAUCAAAGACAAGCCAUGCCCACCACGUCAUCCUCAAGAUCCAGACCGUGGCUUUCUCAAAGGUCUGCGGAGUCUGCGCAGGUAUUUCCUCAAAAUCCAACACGACACUCGUACCGAACUGGGGUUGCCCGCAGCGCAGCGCAACCUGGUCUAUGAUCCUCAAAUGGACGUCUCGGAGGACGAGUCAGUGAGCGAGUAA